AUUCCUAUGUGCAGCGUCUCUUCUAUGGACUCCACUUUUCCCACCGUUUAUUCUGACCCCAUUUGUGUUCCGAAUUCUGUAGUUGGGGUUCAUCCUCCCUCUGCUUACUCUACCGAGGUUUUCACCGAGAGUGUUUACUCUUCUGGAGGGUUUAUUUUCUUUCUGAUUAUCUCUUUCAUCCUUAGUCCAUCUGUGUUUUGGAUAUCUUCCUUGUUGUGCAGCAUUGACAUCUGGUUUGUCAUCUUGGCCUUGUUCUUCCUCUUUUACAAGCUCUUGUGAAUCUGCUUGACUCUCAUCAUUUUGGGUCUGAUCCGAGUCAUCCAUAUUUCCUUCUGACUCAUUAUCUUGCUUUUUAUUUACAUCCCAUUCCCCACGAUCAUCAAAUUCAGGAGUCUCAGAAGGCUCAUUAUCAUGAUCAAAUUCAGGAAUAUGUUGAUGGUCUUCAUUCUGAUCGAAUUCGUCCAUAUGAGGUUGGUCAGGAUGCUCUUCUUGGUCACUAUCGCCACUAGAUUCUUGAACGGCCAUGUCAUUCAAGGUGUUCAUAUCAGUUGAAUCAGAUGUAGUAUUCUCAUCUGGAACUUCCUGGUUAGUUUGGGUGUCAAGCUCUCCAUACAAGUUGUCAUCAGCUUCUUGGAGAUACCUCUUAAUAGCGCCAUCUGUCUUGGCAAUGGCAAGCAAGAACAACACAAAGAGUGCAAUAAUUUUCAUUUAAAUUAUGAAUUUGUAAGUUUCAGUCUUUAA